AGAUUUCUCGUUAUAUACCAGAAUAGUCCAUCAUGUCGGACUUUUAGUAGUGAAGUUGAGAAUGGAUCAAGACUCAUUCAUCGCCUAUGGCUCUAAAGUAACCCUAUUUGACAUCUUUAGUCACAAUGCAUGGUUCUCUUUCAACAUUAAGUCUUCAAUUUUAGCAGAAUGGCGGAAGAUGAUAGCGACAUUAAUGUUAGAAAGGCAAUAGAAUCUUGUUGUAAUGCACAGGCAAUGAUUGAUAUAAAUGCUGUUCAUCUCGAUGGGCUUCGAACACUGUGUCCACCAAACGCCGAGUUAACCCAACACGAAAUCAAAGCUCUUGAGAGCAAGCUUCUCAAGCUCUUUAGUAAGCAGUUAGUAGCAAAACGCAAAUGUGUUGAUGCUGGAACCAUUCAGCAACUAACUCAGUAUCCUCGACUUAGGCAGUGGCUAUGUGUGGUUGGGAUAUGCAAGAGUGCAUUGGAGUCCAGGUAUUGUUGUCACAAGGACUGUAAAGAAAAAGUGCCUCCUUCCUGUGGCUUACCAAAUGAGUAUGUUAGAUAUUUUGCUGAAACUUUCAAAAAUGAAGGGAAUUAUUCACCAAUUCUCAACCAGGCCCAUUUUCCUGGUGCACCUAAUUUCAUAAAGAGUGAUAGUGGGCGGAAGAAGAAACGGUCUAGGCUGCACCCAAGUAUCAACAUUCCGGCAUUUUCAGGCCCAGACUCCUCGUCAAACACGUCAUCCUGCAACUCGUCCACGCCUUCUUCUCCUGCAUUAAUAAUCACCUCAGCUCAGCAAACCCCACCCUCUGCAUCAAGAUUAGAGCAAUUUCAGUUUCCAGAUCUAAAUAAUGUUCCACAGUCGGAAAAAGAUGUUACCAUUGAGCCCAAACCUAUUGUGGAGGUAGUGGAAACACAGAAGUCAAAUGACAGUGAUAAAACAGUGUCAGGAACAUCAGGCUCAGGAAGUUUUCUACUCCACCAGACUGAUUCUGAGAAGACACUAGCUGACCGAGUGGACUCCCAGGAUAGCCAAGUUUCUGACAUGGAUCCCAAUGAAAGAUCAUGGCCUCGACAGAAUAGUCUAUCCUUAAGGGAAUGGGAUAUCCCCUUUGACGAACUUCAGAUAGAAGAGACGAUUGGUGUAGGGAGGUUUGGUGUAGUUUACAAAGGAAACUGGCAUGGUAGUGUCGCCAUAAAAAUGUUAAAUAUGGAUGAUAUGGAUGACAAGAAGACCCUGGAGACCUUCAAACAAGAAGUGGCAAACUUCAGAAAGACAAGACAUGAAAACCUAGUCCUUUUUAUGGGGGCCUGUAUGAAACCUCCACGUUUAGCUAUAGUCACAAGUUUAUGUAAAGGAAUGACAUUAUAUAAACAUAUACAUGUCAGGAAGGAGAAGUUCAAUCUCAGUAGGACAAUCAGAAUAGCUCAGCAAGUGUGUCAGGGUAUGGGAUACCUUCAUGCUAGAGAAAUCCUUCACAAGGAUCUGAAGACCAAAAACAUAUUUUAUGAAAAUGGAAAGGUUGUCAUUACAGACUUUGGUCUGUUCUCUGUGACCAAGUUGUGCCAAGGCAACCGGAAGGGUGAUUGGUUGACAAUUCCAAAAGGUUGGCUGUGUUAUUUAGCUCCUGAAGUUAUUCGUAGUCUAAAAGCAGGUAAUCAACCAGAUGACACUGACUUACCUUUUUCUACUGCUUCUGAUGUCUAUGCAUUUGGCACUGUAUGGUAUGAACUUCUCUAUGGAGAGUGGCCUUUUCAUGGACAGCCACCAGAGGGCAUUAUCUGGCAAGUAGGAAAGGGAAUGAAGCAGCCCCUUACCAACAUUCAGGCCUCUCAAGAUGUUAAGGAUAUUUUAAUGGCCUGUUGGGCGUACAAACCGGUAGAGCGACCACACUUUGGAAACAUCCAGUCAACACUCCUCAAGCUCCCAAAGAAACGAUUAGCAAGAAGCCCCUCCCAUCCCAUUCACCUGUCACGUUCAGCAGAAUCAGUCUUGUAGUGAAGAGGAUUCAGAGCUGUUCUGUAAAUAUUGUUCGUCAGGAUCUCCCAUGCAUUCAUCAGUUUUAAAUGCUGUAUUAAUUACGUUUCUGGUACAGUGGGGUGUAUAAAAUCUAUUUCCAGGCAUUUAGUUCUAAUGAAGCUUAAGAGGAAAUGCUUUUUGCUUCUUAGGCUUGGGACAGUUAGCAGCUGUUUUUUUUAUUAGACCUACAAUACCAAAUUGAUUCUCUUUAUUUAUGAAAACAAACUUUCACAUUUUGUUGUAUGUAGGAGUUAUCUACAACACACUCCUACAAAUUUGAGGUACUUUUCACUUUAAUUAUUUGAUAUUUUUUUUUUGUAAGGUCGAUUUUAAGAAGACACAGCAUUUCCUCUAAGCUUGUGUCCCUAGGUGUCCACUUCUUUUAGUUUUAAAGAACAAAAGUGAACUUUUUUUUUCAAAGUGUUAUAUAAUACCCUACUGGUGCUAUAAAACAAAAAUUACUUAACACAAGAAAGCGUUAUAUAUUACAACAAACUAUCAGGCUAAAGCUUACCCAAUUUAAUGUAUCUGUAUUAUUACCACUGAAAAAGGUACCAGUUUUGUUAUGUUGAUUGUUUUAUGUUAUUACAGAUUAAUUUAUUACUAUUCAUACAUCUGUGUGGUGGAGUAGUUUCCCACUUUAGGUAGACUAGGACAGAGGGGUGUUGUAUGACCCUUUUCUCGUUACCAAGUUUAACACAUGCCAUCUAGUGCUUUAUGGCCCAAAGAUGCUACGGAUGAAAUCAUCACAUCUACCUUUGCUUGUUGUCUGUUUCAAUGUAUGCUUUUUUUACAUUUAGGUGUUACACGUUUUUUGAAACAUGCUGGAAAAUUAGAGAUAACCUCUACUUCCUGCUGUGCAUGUGUACUUUAGCCUCUUCCUGAUAUUUAUGCCAUACACAAAAGGUAGAUUCUUCGUUAUCAAGUGUACAAAUUAUAUGUGUAUUGUAUAUACAUGUAUAAAAACUAGACUUAAUGUUUUGUAUUAAUUUCAACUUAAUGUCUUCUGUCACAUAUUAUGUAAAAUAAGGUCCGAUAGGCCACAAGAAAUGUUAGGCUUAGACUGUACAGGCCCUAGGUAUGGUUGACUUGUAGUAUUCAGUUUAUUUUCAAGCCAGUCACACAUCACUGUAAAUACAGAGAGGCAGUUUUCUCUAGCAUUUUUCUGCCUCAAAACAUUCUCCAGCUGGUGCUUCACUGCAAUUGUGGGAGUGGAAUCAGUUGUGAUUUGGUAAGGGUCACGUCUAAGCUGGGGAUACAGCAGUUAAUGAAUCUUUCAUUUUAAAAGGACAAUCUUUUAGCAGUAGGUAGAAAAGAGAAUUGAAUGAUGUCUGGUCAAUUUGAACUUCCUCUAGCUAGGUCAAGAUGUGGUCAGUGAAAAGAAAGAUUUUAUGCACAUUUUUACUAGUUAGUUGAAUAAACUCAGCUAACACUUAGUUCUACUUAAAGGUUAGUGUAUCAUCCACCUCACUUUCUACUUGACUCUUGCUGUGUAUAAAGGUUCACAGAAAUGAUAUGUAUGUGAUCCAUCACCUGUAUUUAUGUGCAAACUUUAGCCUAAGAGUGUAAAUACAAAUAAAUAAUUACAAUAUUA